CUCCUGGCAGAGCUGGCUGGGCGGGAACCAGUCAGGCGCCCAAGGGAAUGGCCGGGAGGUGGGGGUGGGGAAAUGUUGGCCUCGGCGCUCCCGGGAGGCCGGGGUGACUUGCGUGGGCUUUAUGAGGAAGCGCUCAUAGUCUAGGUAAGCCAGGGGGUCUCCCAGGGCCCAAGGGCGGAAAGGCCCGGCUGGGCGGGCACCGGCCGCGGGCCUGGCGGCCUCCCUAGGAACCCUAGGAGCCCGUUGGCGCAGGCGCCUGGGGGUGGCGUCGAGCUGUGAUAGGCGGGGCUUCCGCAGCCAGGGCCCGAGAGAGCCUGGGACGGCGUCGCUUUGGCGGGAACCGGCCACGCGCCCGGCAGCCUCCCGGCGGCCCGUUUGCGCGUGCGCGGGGAGGGCGGGGUCGGCGCGCGGGGCGGAGCUUCGGGAAGGAGCCGAAGCGCCUCAACCGCCAGCCGACUGGGCGAGCGGCAGGACCUGUGUUCGGGGGACUGGACCUGAGGCGGAGCCUGACGACCAUGGAGGCGGCAGACGCAGCCGCAGGCUGCGAGGCGGGCGGCGCCGACAACGCCCGGGACGGCCAGGGGGGCCAGGAGGGCCAGGAGGGCCAGGGAGGCGGCCUCGGCCAUGGCCUCGGAGGCGCGGACGCGGAGGCCGCGGUCGCUGGCGAGGCUCCGCGUGUCCCGCGACCACCUCACGCCCCGGGGCCAGGCGGAGAUGCCCUCUCCACGGCCGGAAGGCCGGAAACCCGAAUACACACUUUCGCCCUCGGCGUGGCUUUCCCGUCCCAGUUGGAGGCGGAGAUCGCCUGUGCGUCUUUCGCCCCAUAUCGGGAACUGUGUGGAUGCCUUGUGGAGCAGCAGCUCACUGUGUUCGGCAGCGUCCUGGCCAUCCGCUGGAGAGCCGAAAACCCUUUCCUCCUCCGAAUUUCCAUCAUCAACUUUCUUGACCAGCUUUGCGUGGUGAUUCGGACCAUGCAGCGCUUCCUGUUCCCGGUUCCCGCUAAGCCUGCGCUGGCGAGAGGGGGCUAAGGUCUAGCCUCGUGUCCCCGUCUGGGCGGUCCGUCCUUCCUAGGGCAGUGAUUCCUGCACUAGCUGCCCCCUGAGGUGGGGGGCCUGCCUGGUCUUGUGAGGGCAAUGAGGGCCCGAGCCCUUGGGCACUCAUGGUCCCCUUGUGUUGUUU